UAGCUGGGUUAACCAGCAGGGAGGGACAGAAGGAUGUGACCUCAGGAUUGCAUAAUUGGGAAGCUUAAGAUUAGAUAUGCUUGGAUUUGAAAUUAACAUUAUAGCAUGUGAUAGACCUACUUCAGAGAACACCAGACUCCCAUAGCUGCCUUCCUGCCUUCAUUUGAGAGGACUGUUCGUUCUUAACUCACCAAGGUAUGGAAGCUGCAAGAGACAUCGCACAGCUAGGGUCAUGAAUUAGCACUGCGCUGGCAAGAUAAUUCUGUAAGAGUGGGAUUUGUAUUUGAAGGCAUCGGCAAAUAUGCACCACAACUAUAUACGUAUAUACUCUGAAGUAAAUCCAACUGAGUUAAAACAGAUUUACUCACAGCCCAGGAGUUGGGCCAUCUGAUUCCUCCCUUGAACUCACAUGUUUAGAUUCUUCAGAACCAUGAGAUGGGUUUUUACCCCCCUGAACAAUAAAGGACAGAUGGUUAACUGGACUUGACAACAUCCAAGCAUGGAUUCAAACAGAAAAGAAGGAGAAACUGAAAGUGUGCCAGUGAUUAAUCCUGCAACACAGAUUGCCCAGUUGCAGGCUCUGGCUUCUGAACUCAAAACUGGUUUCACUGAAGCCAUGCAGGAGCUCACAAGGAUUCAACAUGGGGAGUACGCUCUGGAGGAGAAGGUCCAAAGCUGCCGGUGUGCGAUGGAAGAGAAAGUGGCAGAGAUGAAGAAUUCUCUGAAUGAUUUCAAGGAGGAGCUUAAUGAAGCCAAGUCCAUGAUCGAAGAAAUCAGUGCUAAGCAAGAUGAAAUGCAACAGAAAAUUGAACAGCUCCAACAAGAGAAACGCAAGGAAUCUCGAAAGCUCAAAGCAAAAAGAAUACAGAAGGAGGAGCAUGGGUCGCAAACAGUCCCCACACCCUUGCAAGGAAGUCCCUUUCGGUCGCUGAACCUUCCAGAGACGGUUUUAAUUAAUGAAGAUUUUGUAAACCUUUUGCACAAUGCAACAUAUGAGAAAGUUUCUGACUGCAGACCCAGGGGACUCGGAGAAAGCAACAUGAAAGGACCUACCAGUACGAAUCUGGACACAGAAGAGAGCCUUAGAGCGUCCUCUUCAUCUGAUGCUCAGUCAUCAUCCAAAAUGUGGAAACAAACCAAGGAUGGUAAAGAUUGGGGUGAUGACUAUAUUUCAAGGGACCAGAAGGAAUUAGGUCCAACCAGAUAUAGCUCCAUGGAAAACCUACUGCAAGACCCGUCUAUUGCAGCUAAAAGGCAAAAUAUUGCUUUGGACUUGCUGGAGUCUGAAAGGAAGUAUGUGGUGAGCCUUUCCCUGGUUCUCAAAAUCAAGACUUCAUGGCAGGGACCAGAAAUGAAGAGGAAUGCCAAGGAAAGGAGUUUUGUCCCGAACUCUUUGCGAUACUUGGUCCAGCAGCAUGUCGACUUACUCCAUGCUCUUCAAGAGAGAGUCCUGAGUUGGCCCCGACAAGGCAUCCUGGGAGACAUAUUUCUCAAGCUGACCAAUGAUGAAAAUAAUUUUUUGGACUAUUACGUUGCUUACCUGAGAGAUCUGCCGGAGUGCAUUUCACUGGUUCAUGUGGUGAUUCUCAAAGAGAUUGAGGAUGAAAUUAAGUCUGAUCUCUACAUAGUCUUCUUUCAUAUUGUUCAGCGUAUUCCUGAAUACCUUCUUCAUUUGCAGAAUAUCUUGAAGUUCACCGAGCAGGAACACCCCGAUUACUACCUUCUCCUUGUUUGCGUUCAGCGCCUGAGAGUGUUCAUCUCACACUACAGCCUCCUUUUCCAAUGCAAUGAAGACCUGCUGAUACAGAAACGAAAAAAGCUGAGGAAAUCUUCCUUCAUUAAGUUGUAUAAAGGAUUAGCUUCUCAGUGUGCCAACACUGGCCAAGAUGUGUCUCCGACCCCAAGCGCAACAUCCAUCCGUGAUAGUGGGAUCCACUCUGAAGAGGCCAUGCAACUCUUCCCAUCUUCUUCUGGAACCACAGCUAUGCACUUGAUGUCCCACAUGAAGAAGAGUCAACAGCAAGGGAUGGAGGGCAUGCAGGGAGGGCCCUCGGGCGAAUGGGAAAGCGAGGGAAGGAGGCACGACAGGGCAGAGAACGCCCUGACUUCCUCUCAGUUCAAUGACCAGGACCUGAAGACCAUCGCGGCAUCUCUCCAGGCCCUGCCAGACAUGGAGUACAGUGCUCCUCCUCCUCUACCUGAAGUGAAGGGACACCAGGAGCGCCAUCGGAGGGCCUCCACUUCAGAGCUUCUCCAUCACAGUGCAGGUUUCGCACCCGACUAUGAAGACUUUGAGUACAGAGGGGAGACCUAUGGCAUGGGUGGCCCCUACCAGGAAGAGCCCCUUCAGAACCUGGCCGUCUUUGAGACCCGCUCUCCGGCUUCUUCCGAGUCCAGCAUCGACAUCUGUUUCUUGAGGCCCGUGAACUUCACCACGGAGCCGGAAAGGACAGAGCACACUUUGCAGCCGUUGCCCAAGAGCGGGGCUCCGGGCAACGCCAGCAGCAGUACUUACAAGAGGGAGCUUUUCCGGAGCAAAGGCAAACAGCUGAGCCGGUCCUUGAAGGAGUUUCCCCGCAGUGGAACGGACAACAUCAGCGCGAGGCUCUACAGCACACGGAGCAGCAGUGGGAGCCGGCUGCCAAGCAAACAGGAGAGGGGCUUCCAGCCCCACGGAGUCCCUGCUGCCGCUGCCCCCAGGAGCGCCCAGCGGAACUACUUCCCUCCACAGCGAGGAGUGGGUGAAAAGCAGAGCUUUGUGGAAGAUCUGCGUUUAGAAGACAACGCUAGGUUCUCUCAUAGGGAAGACAACGAGCAAACAUCUUUCAGCAGCCACAUCCCACGGCAAGAACAGCGAGGGCGCUUCCGCAGUUCCUUCCGAAAACUCUUCAAAAAGAAAUGAUCCCGGGCAAGAGGCUUCCACACUUCCCCCGGAUUUGAUGCUUUGAGUGCCAUGUAACAUGACGGUUUUGCUUCAAGCGACUUUAAGUUCAAGGGGAGAAAUAGCAGAAUAUUCAAAUGGGUGGUCUUUUUUUUUUGUUAAAUUGAAAAGUCCCAGCUUUUGAGGCCCAAAAUGAAAAAUCCCAUCGGUGCAUUUUGCCACUCACACAUUGCCAUUUCCCAUCCAUCAGGGCUUCACAGUAAAAGAAGUACAGCAUGAUGUCCUUCAACGCAUUUAUUGUCAUUGCCUCUGAAUUAGGAGAAACCUCAGAGUAGAUUUCUACACAACUAGCAUUUUGGUUUGGUGCAUAGCAUUUUGGAUGGAUCUAAAUCAGGCAUGAGCAAACAUGGGCCCUACAGGUGUUUUGGACUUCAACUC